AUGGAUCCAUCAAAAAAAAGAACGGAGGCUUUAUAUGCGGUGACUGCCAUGAUCAUCAAGCUCGGACUAUCGGAGAGAAAAAGAAGAGAAUUGUAUCGAAUUGUGGAUACUCUUCGAAUGCAUCAGGACAUCAUGCCUAAAAAUCUUCAGUGUUCGGAAGUGGAAAAUAAAGCAAAGAAUCUGUCAAAAGUCGACUACGAGAAAUACGAUGUUUGCACAAACUGUGAACAACGACCCGAACAACGGAAUACGGAAAAUCAUUUAGAGUACAAUCGUGAAGAACUUCAAAGAAGAUCUACCGACGAAAAUGAUGAUGAGGAAGUUGUUUAUCCGGUACUAGAAGUUAACAGCGAAGAAACAUCUAGCGACGAGGGAAAUAGUGAAGAACUAAUGGAAACUGAAUCGGAAACCGUUUCGGAUAAAGUUUUAGCAUUUGUCGCUGCUGGCUGCUACGAUCACUUUACUGAUACCAGUAUACAAGAGAUUAGAAACAAAAUGUAUCUAUCGACUCAGGAGGAUCCUACAUUUCGAAGCGAAGUCAUGAAACUGUGGAAAAAUGACAUUUCGAAAUUCAAUGUGAAGUAUUAUUGUAAUAAAUGUGGAAAGGAGGUCAAUCUAUCAAGAUCGUGCAGAAAGCAGUUCAAGUUGGCCGAAUUGGUGUCAAUGGCAGACUGUGCAAGCUGGGUAGGAAAAUCGUGGGAGAUCACUAUAGAAACCGCGGCGAGAUGCAUUGAUCGCGAGAGAGACAAAUAUUAUGUAGUAUAUUGCCUGCCGAGUUCGCUGAAAAACACGAAAUUUGCGCCUAUCGAUGAAGAGGUCAUCGAAAAUAUCACUGUUGGAUUUCGUGUCGCGACCAACGUCUUCGCCGAAAUAACACUUCUCGCCAGAGUGAAAUCAGCAAUAAAAAAACAAAUUCAUCGCAAACGAUGGGAAAACAAAGACAAAGCUGAAAAGUUGCUGAAGAAGUUGACGAAGCACAGAAAGGCACAGAUCGACGACCACCAGAAUACCGAAUCGCCGUCAAAUGUGUCAACAUUCAGCAUCUCGACAGUCAACGAGAGCCAGAAUCUCGGAUCACAAAAUCCGUUUCGUUUGUAA